CCCACAUUUAGGACAACUACUAACUAAAAUCUUUUUUUUGCUUUUUUUCCUAAUUCUUUUCAUCUCCCCAUACAUCAAAAGAACUUUUCUUCCAGUACUACUUUGUUUAAUCGACUCUUUUCCGCGCUCCAUAUACUCCCAAAAAUCCCUUCAUUUUUUCUUGAUCAUCCAUAUAAACUCUUGUUAUUGUUAAUAUAUUUAUCCAUUCCUUCCUUCAAAAAAAUGAAUAAUAAACAUUUAAUAUAUUUUUUAAUUAUUUUAUUUCCUUCACCUGAUUUUUUAUUUUCUUUUUUCACAGCCGGUUUUGAAUGUUUUGUAUGUAAUACUAAUUCUGAUAAUGAUGACACAGAACCUUGUAUAGAAAAGGUAAAAUUCGAAAAAAAUAAAUGGUUGAAAGCUACCAUUAAAUUGCCACUUUGGAUUGUUUACACAUAUUUCGCAAAAAAUUUUAAUUAA